AUGUCUCAGCUUGAUGAUAAUCUUGAUGAGUUUGAGGUUGAGGAUCAGGACCUUGCGGUUGAUAAGGGUUCAGUGCCUUCUCCUCCGCUGGAUUUACCGAAUGAUCAAACACUGAUGAUCGAUGUACAGAUUGAAACGGGGAAAAGGGUAAUAGGUGAAGGUCCUGUUGGUGAAGCAGCUGCUGUUCAAAAGCCUCCACUUCCAAAGCAACGCAGGAUCACUCGUAAAAAGAAAUAUGAAUUGAUUCAAAGUGCCAUGUAUGAUUUAUAUGCUGAUUAUGUGAGAAUCCAUACCCCCCCUACUAGUUCUAGUUUGCCUUCCUCCAAUCCCGAUUCUUCUUCUCAAACUACUUCAUCGGGGAAAAGGCCUUCCCCUAUUGAUAUUGAGCCUUCGAAGACGACGGAUAUGAAUGGAGUGGUGGAAUGCAGCGUUUGCCAUUCCAAAUUGGUGGCGCCGGGGUCUAAGACCGUCUCUAAGGCCUACGAUCGCCACCGCAACAACAUUUCCUUGAAAACUCGUGCAUUCAACAUGUUCCUUGUCGGUGGUGAUUGCAUUUUAGUCGGCUUACAGCCUAUACUGGUUUACAUGUCAAAAGUCGAUGGGAGUUUCAAAUUCAGUCCAAUUAGUGUGAACUUUCUUACAGAAGUAACAAAGGUUAUCUUUGCAGUUAUCAUGCUGUGUGUGCAGGCACGGCGACAAAAAGUUGGAGAGAAACCCCUGCUUUCUAUUCCGAUAUUCUUCCAGGCUGCUAGGAACAACAUGCUUCUUGCCGUUCCUGCUCUGCUUUAUGCUAUAAACAAUUAUCUGAAGUUUACCAUGCAGCUAUAUUUUACUCCUGCGACGGUGAAGAUGCUGAGUAACCUGAAGGUUCUGGUGAUUGCAGUAUUGCUAAAAAUUAUAAUGAAACGUCGGUUCUCCAUAAUUCAGUGGGAGGCUCUCGCACUGUUGCUUAUUGGGAUUUCAGUGAACCAGCUGCGCUCUCUCCCUGCGGGUACCAGUGCUAUGGGUCUUCCGGUGGCCACAGGGGCAUAUGUAUACACAUUAAUUUUUGUAUCAGUUCCAUCGCUGGCUUCAGUCUUCAACGAGUAUGCUUUAAAGAGCCAAUUUGAGACGAGCAUUUACCUUCAGAAUCUAUUUUUGUAUGGUUAUGGUGCUAUAUUCAACUUCCUGGGCAUACUUGGGACUGCUGUUUUUAAUGGACCUGAUAACUUGGAUAUUUUACGGGGACAUUCAAGGGCAACUAUGUUCUUAAUCUGCAACAAUGCUGCUCAAGGGAUCUUGUCAUCCUUUUUCUUUAAAUAUGCAGAUACAAUUCUGAAGAAGUAUUCAUCAACUGUUGCAACGAUUUUCACUGGAAUUGCAUCUGCCGCAUUGUUUGGUCAUACUCUGACCAUAAAUUUUGUCCUUGGAAUCUCCAUUGUUUUUAUCUCAAUGCAUCAGUUCUUUUCACCUCUUGCGAAGGUUAAAGAUGAAGUACAAAAUGGUAGUGCAGAAGUGAUGAAUAGUCGAAGUAACUUCAGGUCUAAGGAUGCAUCUUUUGUAGAAAUGGCAGCGGGUGCUAAUGAUGAUGAUUCGUUUGAAGAGUUUGGUGGCAAUGGUGAAGAUUAUUGUUCAAUGUUUGCUACAAAUGAGGAGUUUGCAAAAAGGCAGGAUGCUGUUGAUUGGGUGAAAGACAUGGGCUUAGCAAAUGGUAUGAUAAUAAAUGUAGUUUCCGGCAAGGGAAAAAAAGGUGUUUUGAUGAGAUGUUGUAAAGGUAGAAAGGUCAAGGGGUCACUUGAAGAUGGUAAAGAAUAUGUCUCAAUGGAUACUAAGACACAAAUCACUGAUGUAAAUUUAAAGUGUAUGUACACUUAUUUGGUGAAAAGUGGUGCAUUCGUGUGUAUUCGUGUGUAUCCUGGUAAGUUUGGAAUGUAUAAUCAUUCCCUGUUUGACGAAGAUAAUCCCACGAGGGGACUUAGCGAUGGAGUGAAACAGGUUAUACAGGGUAGAGUGGAGAGCGCGCAUGCUCAGUUAAAAGAUUGGCUAGAAACAUCUACUGGGUCGCUGGAUACACUUUGGGCUAAGGUGCACUUGGAGAUUCAGACUCAGCUAACUGAAAUACGAACAAAACUUAGUAUGACUAGAUGGAAUGCUGAUUGGAAAAGUGCCACUGUUCUUUAUGAACAAGCAGCUAAUGCUUUUCGGCUGUCAAGAAAGUUUGACAAAGCAAAAGUGGCCUUUGAAAAAGCUUCUAAAGGACAAGAGAUGCAGUCUUCGCCUUGGGAUGCUGCUAAACACAUGGAGUCUGCUGCAGCUAUGGCCAAAGAAUUAAGAAACUGGAAUGAAGUUUCUGACUUUUAUAGGCAAGCAUCUCAAUUUUAUAUUGAAUGUGGAAGGUCGCAACCAGCAUCAGAUGCACUUGGAAAGGCUGCUCGUGCUGUAGAAGAGGCUGUACCUGAGGAAGCUGUCAAGCUGUACACAGAUGCUUGCGAUAUUCUUGAAGAAGACGGGAAGGAACAAAUGACUUUUGAUCUAUAUCGUGCAGCUGCAAAUGUUUAUGUGAAGCUAGAAAAGUAUACAGAUGCUGCCACUAUCUUGUUGAGAUUGGCGUUAGCUGCAGAUAAAUGUAAUGCUACCCACAGCCAAUGCAAGGCUUAUCUCAGUGCUAUCAUCGUGUACCUUUAUGCUCACGACUUCGCGCAAGCAGAGAAGUGCCAUAAUGAUUGUUGCCAGGUUGAAGCUUUCUUGAACAGUGAUCAAAAUCGAUGUGCCACUAAACUUCUUUCUGCAUAUACUGAAGGUGAUGUUGAGGGGAUUAAAAAAGUGGCUCAGUCAAGCAUUAUAUCCAAUCUUGAAAACGGGAUUAUCCGGCUUGCUCGGAAAUUGCCUACUGGUGAUGUGAGUUCGUUCAAGGCAGGUGCAGUAGAAGAAGAGGAGCCCCUAGAUGAAGGUGAUCUUACAUAG